CAGCUGAUGUGGCCCUCCCCCUCUCCCCCCUCCCCGUUAAACCCCCGAGACAGGGAAGUAGCCAAGCCCUACCCACACCCAAAUCCGCAGAGGAAAACAGAGAGAACACCAAAAAAAGAAACAGAGAAUUAGAGCUGAGAUAGUAAUAGAUAGAUAGAGAGAGAGGAGGGGAUGGCAGAGAUCAGAGACCUUGCGAUCAAGCUCUUCGGGAAGACGAUCCCUCUCCAGUCAACCGGAGAGUCGCCGCCCGUCUCCGGUGGCAGCGAGGAGAGCAGUGGGAAAGAGGAGAAGGAUCACAAAGAAGAAACUACUCCAGAAACCAAGGACCAAGACAUUGAAUCCCCAGAUUCAGAAGAAAAGAGUGAUUCUCCAACAUCCAUAGCAGGUGAGACUGAUAAACUUUCUUUUGGCAAUCAAGAGGAUACCAACAUCAAGGAUUCGAAAUCUAAAGAACAAUCAAAUGGGACAAGUAAUUCCCAAGAGAAAGCACCAAAGAAGCCUGACAAGAUCCUUCCUUGCCCUCGCUGCAAUAGUCUAGACACCAAAUUCUGCUACUUCAAUAACUACAACGUCAACCAGCCAAGACACUUCUGUAAGAACUGCCAGAGAUACUGGACCGCCGGGGGCACCAUGAGGAAUGUCCCUGUCGGAGCUGGUCGCCGCAAGAAUAAGAGCUCCAUCUCCCACUACAGACACAUAACCAUGGACACUCUCCAAACAGUUCGAUCCGACGCUAUGGAAGCAAUUCACCAUCCUCCUAUAAACUCCAACGGCACCGUCCUUAGCUUUGGCUCCGACACGCCUCUCUGUGAAUCAAUGGCCUCUGUGCUGAACCUUGUUGAGAAAAACAUGAAGAACUGCACCAGAAAUGGAUAUCACCAGAUGGAAGAACAGAUGGUUCCAUUGUCUUGUCGAGCGGAGAAUGGAGACGAGCACUCCAGUGGAUCAUCAGCGAUGGCAUCAAAUUCUAAACAUGAGGCAGCCAAGACUGGCUUGCAGGGAGUUCCAGCUCCAAUUCCAUAUUUCAAUGGAACUCCAUGGCCCUAUCAAUGGAAUCCAGCUACUCCUUUCUGCACUUCAAGCUUUGCUAUUCCAGUCUAUCCUGCCACAGCUUAUUGGGGCUGUGCUGUCCCUGGCUCUUGGGGCAUUCCAUGGCUCUCACCUCUAGCUUCUUCUCCUCCUAACAGUGGCUCCCCAGGAUCAGGACCCAAUUCUCCAACCUUGGGCAAGCAUUCAAGGGAUGGACAUAUACUGAAAGGCAGCAAUGUGGAAAAAGAAGAUGGCUUCAAACAGACCAAUCAGGAGACGUGCAUCUGGGUUCCUAAAACAUUGAGGAUCGAUGACGCUGAUGAAGCUGCAAAGAGCUCUAUAUGGGCUAUGAUUGGUAUCAAGAAUGACAAGGCUGAUGCAGUGAGUGGCAGAGGCAUCUUCAAGGCCUUCCAGCCAAAGAUAGAUAUCAAAAAUCAUACGAGCGAGACCUCCCAACUAUUGCAUGCCAACCCUGCGGCUCUGUCACGAUCUCUUCACUUCCAAGAGAGCUCAUAGAGGAGUGAAAGGCUCUCACUUUGUCAAGACAAGUUGACAGUACUGAAGUUUUGUAAAUUUGUGAUGACUGGUGAGGAGGAACUUUGGUAUCCUUUGAUGGAUAUGGAGCCAUCUCGGAGCCGCGGAAUCAUCUGUGGUCUUUUCUCAGAUGUAACAAUAAGAAUUCUCCAUCUUCACCUAGCUAUGAUGAUUUGGUUGGUUGUUUUUUCUUCUCAAAAAAAAAAAUGAUGGUUUGGUUCUUUUUUUUUUUUUUUGCCCCCUCCAUGUAAAGAGCUGAUGAGUAGCAGAGAGGUAGAUUGAGGAGAGUGAUGUAUGCACUUGUACAUAAAUAACUUAGCCAACUUGAUCCAAGGGGAUGUUCUUUUUUACAAA